AUGGCGACCGUAAUCCUAUCGUCUUUCAAUCUCAGCAAUCUCAUUGCAUCAAAUACUUACAUAAAACUUUUGUCAUUUAACUACGCAGGAUAUAUUGAACCUUUCGGGCAAAAAGCGGAGUUUUGUAAAGAUCAAUCUUAUCUUAAAUUUGCAUGGUUGAGUGGCUUCUUUACUAUUUCUACUGCCGUUUUUCUGUUGUUUUCUUUCAUGACAGCUUUUGUUUUUACACUCAUUUCUUGCGGAACCAACUCUUCGGUGUUAUACUGUCACGUCGUAUUGACCGGGAAAAUUCCAAGUGGCAUUUUUUUUAUAGCCAUUCUCAGUCUUCUUCAAUCUAUUCUUAGUGCAAUUUGCUUUUUAGAAAUUUGUUGUCACAGAGCUCAAAUUGCUACAGAACUCAAAUAUGGAAUCGAUCCAGUUCCAGAUCCAUGGUCUCUAGAUGAUGUUGUUAAAAACAAAACCGUCAUUGUAGAAGGGGAAAAUAAUUUCGAAGAAAUGACUAAAAUUGAAAACAUUUCAUCAAUGAUAAAAGGUGACCAGCACAGCAAAAACUUGGAGCAAAUGUAUAACCAAAAUCAAUUGUCUAAUUGCUCACCAAAAUGGCCACAUGUCACUUUUUCAAAUGUCUUGAUUUCCAAUGAUUCAAAAUGUUAUGCUUUAUCAGCUAUACCUAUUUAUGGUGGUAUCGGCAACCACAAAAACACUCUGUCGAAACAACAACGUAUUGUUUUGAACGCAAUCCACACAAAAGUUGAGAAAAUUGUUUCUGGAGUGAAAACUUUGAAAAAUGAACUGGAACUUCUUAUAAAUGAUGCGCCGUUUAGCAUGUAUUCUGUAUUCAUAUACGAUGUUGUAAUGGCUUUAUUCCGGUUUAAAAAAGAACGCAAAAAGUCUGCUAGCUCACCAAGGUCUAAAAAUGAUAACCAACCAUCUAGUACCAAAACUAAUUCAAAAACGUUGCCAAAACUUUUUGGCAAAAAACUGGAUUGUCCUUUCAAGGCUUCUAAAAUGGCUCACCGACAAAAGGGCGCAGAAAAAAAUGCGCAGACAAAAAGAGCGCAGCAAUAA